AUGGUUAGCGUCAGGACCUGGGGGAAUGGGGGUCUUCCCCGGGCCCCUCACAUCACCGCACACCCGGUGCAUGAUGGGAUGCUCACUCCUGUCCCCUCUGUUGCAGUACGCUACUUCCUGAAGAAUAAGGUCAGCCCUGAUUUGUGCAAUGAGGAUGGACUCACAGCCCUGCACCAGUGCUGCAUCGACAACUUUGAGGAGAUUGUCAAGCUGCUCCUUUCCCAUGGUGCCAACGUGAAUGCCAAGGACAACGAGCUGUGGACGCCCCUGCAUGCGGCGGCCACCUGCGGCCACAUCAACCUGGUGAAAAUCCUCGUUCAGUAUGGGGCCGACUUACUCGCUGUCAACUCGGAUGGGAACAUGCCGUAUGACCUCUGCGAGGAUGAGCCCACCCUGGAUGUCAUCGAGACGUGCAUGGCGUACCAGGGCAUCACCCAAGAGAAAAUCAACGAGAUGCGGGCGGCUCCUGAGCAGCGGAUGAUUGCAGACAUCCACUGUAUGAUUGCAGCGGGCCAGGACCUUGACUGGAUAGAUGCCCAGGGCGCCACACUGCUGCACAUAGCUGGAGCCAAUGGAUACCUGCGGGCAGCUGAGCUCCUCCUGGACCACGGGGUGCGCGUGGACGUGAAGGACUGGGAUGGCUGGGAGCCCCUGCAUGCAGCUGCCUUCUGGGGACAGAUGCAGAUGGCAGAGCUAUUGGUGUCCCAUGGGGCCAGUCUCAGUGCUAGGACAUCCAUGGAUGAGAUGCCAAUAGACCUGUGUGAGGAGGAGGAGUUCAAAGUCCUGCUGUUGGAGCUCAAACACAAGCAUGACGUCAUCAUGAAGUCACAGCUGAGACACAAGUCAUCCUUGAGCCGGAGAACGUCCAGUGCGGGGAGCCGUGGGAAGGUGGUGCGUCGAGCCAGCCUGUCGGACAGGACCAACCUGUACAGGAAAGAGUACGAGGGAGAGGCCAUACUGUGGCAGCAGCGGAGCGCGGCCGAGGAUCAACGGACCGCCACCUACAAUGGGGACAUCAGGGAGACCAGGACAGACCAAGAGAAUAAGGACCCAGAGGGUCUCAUAACGGACAGGAAGUACCUGCUGCCUGCCCGCUUGUGCUCCCGCAAAUCUGGCUCUGGGCCCCCCAGAAGAGAGGCUCAGUACAGCAACCACCCUGGGCGCUAA